AUGACUCGGAAAGAAGGCCGCAAUUUGAGUGACAUGGCCGCCAUCCGUGGACCCGCGGUUUGCAGCAAAAUUAAGCCAUCGAUGAUUCUCACGCACCUUUUCCUCUGGCUAGAUUCCUUAAUUCGCCUUGGAGCGUACUUCACCAUGAACAUUCUGCAAUUUUUUGCUGUCCUGAGGUCGAAGGUCGGUUUUUCUUCAAUUUUUUUGGGGAACGUGGUUUGUUGGAAAAGUUUUUGAUCUGGGGUGCUGAACGAGGUGAUUCUACUCAAAAAUUUUCAAAAAUCCAGAAUUCGAAAAUUUUUUCGAAAGAAGUACUUCAUAAAAAAACUUUUUUUGAAUAGAAUUUGCUCAAAUGAAAAACCAGUUUUCCUCGAACAUGGAAUAGUUUAACGAAAGGUUCAGAUGAUUUUCAUCAGAAUCCACUCAAAUCUUUUUAGCUGAACUCUAAUGCUUUGUACAAAUCAAUUCAGCCGAACGUCGUUAAAUGGGCGACAAUAAAUGAACGCAGCUGAGCCCUAACUUGCCAAAUAGUUGUCUCAUCCAUUCGCACCAGAAAUAUCUUUUGCAGGAAGCUUUCAUCCACUUUUUUCUUCCUUUUUUUGCAUCCAAUUGAAACCUGGUCUUGACGGGACAUCCAGAUACAAGCCGUUUUGAAACAUUAAAGUCCACGAAGAAGUGACAACGAGCCAUGAUGACUUGACUGACAAUGGCCAUUCUUUGCCAUUCUUCUUGUUGCACAAUUUUGAUCACUCCGACAUAUUUCGUUAACGUUCUUUCGCUUCUUGGACUCACAAUAGUUGUCAGAAGCAGCAUCUCGUUAAUUUUUUCCUGAUUUCAAGGCGAUUCUACUCAGAAAGGCUUGUCAAACACUUCCUAUGUUGCAUUCAUCUUUGUUCGAAAUUGCAAGCUUAGAAAUCGUGCAGCAGUUUCACAAUUGGUUUCAGUGCAUUAGGAAUCUUUUUUUGCGUCUCACGCUUCUUGGCUCUAUUCUGAGUGUUAAUUUUUGCAAUUGAGGAUCGCACUAGAAAACUUUAAAACUUGUUGUUUACGAUUUUUUUCAAUGGAAAAGUAAUAUUUUUUCCGUUCUCUUUUCCUCGAUUUUUGUGUUGGCAGGUAAAGUUUAAAGUUCUUCAUUUAUCCCUCAAUUCUCAGGAAAUUUCCAGUUUUUUUAAUAUUGUAAAAGUUCAUAGGAUCAAAAAGCUCGAGAUCGCCAUCGUUAAAGAACCUUUUAUGAUAGAACUACUCGGAAUCAUAUUCCAAAAGUUUUUAUGAAGAUUUUACUCAAAAAAAAGGCUGCGCUAUGGUUUUCCCGCUUGUUUAUUAAAUAAUAAAUUUCAUUCUACAUUCUACUAGAAUUCCUAAUAAUCUUCCAGAUGAACAUGAUGCACGAGAAAGAGCUACAUCUCCAUCCGGCCGGUGUCUAUCCUCACGUCCGACGUGUUCCCUCUCCUUUGUGCUGUUUUCGGAUAAUGCACAUUAGAGUAAAUCCAUUUCUUUGUUGUUAAUUAUAAAUUUUGAUUCUCAGACCGGCACAAUAUGGAUCGCGUACUGCGAAAUCAUGUGGAUCGUUUCACAAUUAUCAUUUUGGACAGCCGAAUCCAUCGUCAGAGAAGCUUUCCCUCCACCCGUAAUUAUCAUUGGCUUCACUUUCACUAUUUUACAAGGAGGUCAGUUUCUAAGGGAGUUAAAAAUAACUCCGUUGGUGAAUCGAGGCGAAAAACUUUUUUUUACUGGAAAAAUUUUUAGUGGUCACUGUAGAGGCUCGCCAAGGACUAAUUGGAGAGGACACUAAAGUGGCCACUAAACCCACCUUAUAGUGGCCAUUAUUUUCCGUUUUAGUGGCCACUAUAAAGAUUCUCUAUUUAGUGGCCACUUCAGUAGUUUUUCAUCCAGUAUUUCUUCCAGUAACUCUGAUAAUUAAAAAAACAGAUUGGACCAGUUAUAUUGAUCUAUGACCCCUAAAGUGGCCACUAAAAUUCUUAGUGGUUUAGUAGUAGCCUUUUAGACCUCUACAGUGGGCACUAAUAUUCAACCCCUUAAGUGCCCACUAAUUUGACUAUUAUAGUGGCCACUGAAUCGUCAAUUCCAUGUAGUGGCCACUAAAAAUUUUCCUAUUACAUUCACCGGCUAGGUUUUGAAAAAAUAUUGGACAAAAAACCCUAAAACUCUCUCUUAGCAACCUUUUAGUAACUUUCGUUGUUUUUCAAGCUAUCCUGAGUGUUUUCAGUGUUCGUGGGCGCCUUGAUUCAAGGAGUUCGGAAAUUCCGCAUCUCCCUCAUCCAAGCUUACAUGCUCGCUGUGAUAGCGAGAAUCCUUCUUUAUCUCAUUUUUCUCACUAUAUUCGUCCUUUGUCAUUUUUAUCCAGGUUAGUCAUAAUUUUUUUCACCAAGUUACAUGUCGGAUGACUAUCUGCAGAAAAUCUUUGUGGAUUUAACUUCCGUAUAAUAAUGCAAAAUGAGAUGAUUUGGCAGAGAAAAACUGAAAUUGAGAAGGUCAAGAAAAAAAGAGAAUCAGGUGAAACAUGGUGACUUGAGCUUCAGAUUACGGUGAUUAAUGAAUAUGUGGAAAAAAUUCCUAGAAACGGAAUGGGCAAUAGGAAGUCGUGAAUUACAAGAAGUCGGAAAAAAGUUCAGAAGGACUUGAUAAAACGGAAAGACUGUGAAAAUAAAAAAUGGAAAUGACAAGAGAGAUUCAUAAGGGCUAGAAUCAUUUUAGCUAGGCUUACCCUACUUCUCAAAAAAAAAAUGAACUUUCAAAAAAUUUAGAAAUUUUUUGAGAAAAUUAAUCACAAUGACCCUUUUUCCAGAUUUCCUUCAAGACACCACAUUUUUCCGCCGUUUCGUAGAAAUCAAGCUGAGUUUCUUGAUAAUCUACACACUUCUAAAGGUCUACGCCUUACACGUGGCUCACAAAUGCUACUCCUACAUUUCGAGAACUCGUCGAGUUCUUUCGACUCCUUCUGUAGUACAGACUUCACCUUCAAAAUGGUGA